AGACUAUAUUUAACCAGCUGCAUGUCAGACUCUCCGCGUAAGUUACUGCUGCCUAUUGAUGUGUUUAUCAAAUCUUUCUCCGGGUUUUUAUCAAGCACUAGCUGUUUCCUAUUGAUGUGGAAGCCAAUAAAGAUUAAACACACGAGUAGUGUGUAUUUAAAGCUUUAUUAAAUGCUCACCAGGGAGAGCACUCCAGGCAGUAGUGCGCCCUGCUGGUGCAGUGUGGUGUUGUUACCAUCCAUCAACCGGUUCAGACUGGACUGAUGGCAAUAUUAACAAUGUUCCUGAAGAGUAGGAGCACAUAUUCCCAGCCCCCAUCGCAAGCUUGCAUACACAAACUUUAAGCAUGACCAGACAGACGCUUUAGAUGAGUUGAUAAAGCAAGCCUUUCUUCUUCUUUUUUCUCCAAUGAAAAUAUUUUGUUUUCUCCAAUGACUCGUCUGAACUUUUCAAGCAGAUUCAUAUGUUGCCAGCUUUUUGUUACAGCCCGGAAACAACCCAGGUAAACAGUUUUUCAGUUUUUAAUAUAUGUGCGGAAGAGGAGCACCUUGUUGACUUUGAAAUUGCCUGUACUGUCACGAUUCAGUCUGAGGUUUAUAAAGAAAAACACGCUUUGACCCACAAACCCACAGCCGCAACAUCACUGUGUGUGCUGCUCUGGCUUCCGUGCGCUCUAGACGCGCAAAAGGAGGCAGCGCUCUUCCUCCCCGUCUCUGCGUUCAAGCUGCUGCUGGACCAGCAAGAACAGCUUUGAACCGGUUUUCUCACCGGCUACAAAGCGGUAUGAAACGGAUGCACAAUGCGCAUUGUUGAUGCAGACUAUCGCAGCGACACACGGACGUCGUAGGAUCCUCUCCAGAGAGCGCAGCGAAAAUAGACGAGCCUUUCUUGUUUUUGUUAUUUGUCGCGGUGUAGUGCGAGAGAUUUUUUAAAGCGGAAUUCAUCCUACAUGGAAAGUUCCUGUAGAGCGCGCAGCUGUGCUGAGUCCUGCUGCUGCUGUUUCUGUUGAUGCUGAGGUGAGUGCUGCAUGUGUUUUCAACAAAUCCACCACCUCGACGUGGCAUGUUUGUGGUGAAAUAUGAGGAUACGUGUUGUUAGUGAAUACUAAGAUGGUUUUGAAUUCAUCAUCCGCCCGCGGCCAUCUGAUGAUUUCCCUCAUCAUCUCACAUUUUAAUGGAAAGGCGGCUUGUUUACAACCCAUAAUGCUGUCAGUUCGCCUCGCAAGUAAAGAAAUCUUUGCUCAGACUUAAGCCUCACUGUAAACAAAGUGUGACCUAAGGGGGUUAAAGCUGCCGCAGUGAUGGAUAAAGUUGCUCUGCCGUAUGAAUUAUUUAUACUGGAGGUCUGAAAAACUGAAGUCAGCACCGCAGACAAGACUUUCCCUUGUGUCAAUUAGGGAUCCGAGAUGAAUCGAGGAAGAGUCAGGGUAAAGGUGCAGGAGGGGCAGAAAGCAGAGCACUUUUCUCUACUUUCUCCUCCUCUAAGGUGUGGUUAUAGAGACAGCAACAAAAGGAGCUGUUGCCAACGGGUAAGAUGCAGUCAGUCAGUGUUGACGACCUCACUCAGGUGAACUGCCUGUUUUCCCAGGCCAGUCGCAGCAGCAGCAGCCUGUAUUACACCAAGGCUUUCUGUAAGUGUUACCAUGACAUGCCAGAGUUAAAUUCUUCUUCCACAGGAUAUCAUUGUUACAGACUGUAAUUGUCAUAUUUUGUAUUAUUCUGCUGUUAAACUUGUUGUGCUUUUUAAUGUCUUUCCAGGAGCCACCCCUCUGUCCAAGCUGUAACAGAUCCCAGCGGGCAGCACUAACAUCAGCACUAUGACUCAGUCUACCAAGGUCCUGGAUGGAGGUUGGGGGUGGGCGAUUGUGGUGGCCUCCUUCAUGGCCCAGCUCCUGGCCUAUGGAUCACCUCAGUCUGUGGGUGUCCUGUACCCCGAGUGGCUGCAUGCCUUCCAGGAGGGCAAAGGCAUGACGGCCUGGGUGGGCUCACUUGUGGCUGGAGUGGGACUAAUAGCCAGUGAGUAGCACUCACACUGACAUCAGUCCACAUUAUAUUUAAAUCAAAGACGCUAAUGAUUUCAGCUCUUCAUAAUCCUUCACUGAGCACUAAAUAUCAUUAUGUAAUUUUUACGACUAUUAUAUUUUGGCGCUGUGUGUCACCAUGGGCAACAUAUUUAUAACAUGCCUUACUGACAAAGAGAUACUUUAUCUGCUUAGCUGUCAAAGUAGGGCACUAAAUCUUCACCUUUAAACCUACUUGUAUGUGAUUUCCUCUUCAUCCAGCUCAGCGAAUAAUGCUGCUGAUAACAGAGCAGACACAAUCAUUUUUAUUAGGUCAAAGAGUGGCAAUAACAUCCAUAACAGAGAAAUAACUUUAUCCAGCUACAGGUGCUGGAGUCCCCCUUAAAGUAAUACUUUAACAGGAUGAAGGGAAAACACAACAGUGCGGCACAGAUGGGUACUUAGUGGCUUCCUGAGUAGAGUUGCUGUUAUUGAUUUUUGGGAAAAGCAAAGCAAGUGCAAGUCAUUCGUGUCAUGAAUGUUGGAGCACAACUAGCCCUUAAUUGAAGCACUAAAGAAGGAAAAAAGACAGACAGAGGGACGGAUUCAGAGAGUAACACACUUUAUGUAUUUGUUGAGCUAACAGAAUCGAGGAUAGAUGAAAGAUGACAGUCUUGGAUGACAUUUCCAUGUAAGACAGAGCUCCCCCCUCAGCCUGGCUUCAAGCUGUCGUCUCUUUUAAAGAUGUGGGGGGGAGAAAAUCAUGACUGUACAGAUCAAGCCGCAGGCCUGGCCAAGUCCUGGACACGUGUCCCAGCUGCCAGACAGCUGCAGCACUGCAGCUACUGCUGCACUACAGCAGGGUCUUUCCCCUGCCCAGAAACAAAUAGAACUGUAAAUGUCGCAUGAGGGAUGAGUCAGGCCACUUUGGGGUAUGGGAAUGACUAUUCAGCAUUAAAAGAAAGAAACCAAAACAACAACACAACUUGGGUAAUACAGCACUGAGUCCAGGCUUCACAUACUUUUAGUGAGGAAGGGAAACAUGCAAAAUAAUAUCCCAAAAUUUCCCACAAGUAAAAAGAACAAUGCUGAUUAUUUUCUCUCCUUAAACAGUAUUAUAAAAAUAAAGACACAACUUCCCGGGGAUAUAAACAAUGGAUUAAUUUGUUCAUGAACAUCUUGAGGUAAACAACAUGACACUUAGUGUUUCUCGACUCUCGACUGACAUGACAGCAUCCUCAAUGGGGUUCCUGUUUGAGCCUCAUGUGAUGUGGCAGGGUUGUAGUCAGACACAGCUGUGCUCUGUGAGAUGGGGUUUGAUUUUCUCACAGGCUCUGUUUUCCAGAAUGACUAAUUAAGCUGUCUUUGUCUCUGACUCUGCUCUUUUCUUCUCCUCCUCCUUUGUCUGUCUUCCACCUCUCUUACAUCAGGUCCUGUUUGCAGUGCCUGUGUGGACAACUUUGGGGCUCGUCCUGUUACCAUCUUCAGUGGCGUGAUGGUGGCGGGUGGCCUGAUGCUCAGUGCCUUUGCUCCAAAUGUCCAGUUCCUCAUUUUCUCCUAUGGGAUCGUGGUUGGUAAGCAGACAUUUAGUGAUAUUGUCACUCUACUUCUCAGAGUUGAAUAACGCAGACUCAUUUCACCUGUCAUACAUACAUCCAGGUAGAGGCUUGCCCCUUGUAACUGUGAGAAAGUGUUUGAUGUUACUACGGUCAUGGGUGUUAACUAAGCUUCUUAUCCUGCUAACAUAUGAGAAUCUCAUGACACAUUAUAUAAUCAUUUAUAGCAAGCAGGGGGGUAACUUCCAGUUCAACUAUUACGCAACAACAAAGGCUGACUUUAUCCUAAAUAACCAGUUAAUGAAUACCAUCGCUACUGAGCAGAUAUGGACAAUCAACAGGACAAGAUAUACGUAUGAGCAUUGCAUAAUGUCGUUGAGGUUGUUUGUGUUGAUUGGGUAUUUUAGCCUGAUUUCCAUGUGACCCUUUAUUGCACUCGUAACAGAGUGCCUGUGUGGGCCCAACACCACCUGUUAUCAAACAUAAAGUGACAGCCAAGCUGUGCUUAAUCUUGGUGAACUCCCUCACAGUCAGCACUGCCUCUUGCGCAGGCAGCGUCGGAGAGGGGAGGCCAUGCAUAUUUGAAGACAGUCAUUUAUUUUUAGAGAUGCCCUUAGAUGAUAGCUGUGGCUGUACAUGCACGUGCAGCUUGUUUACUCAUCAUAUGCUUCUUUUGCUGAUUGUAUUUCACAAGAGAUCCUAUGCACUCUCCCCUCUGAACUUUAAAGUACACUGAAAAUAAAUCUUUCUCACGGUUUCCUAACUUUAUCCACAGAAUAACACAUUUUUAAUUACAAUAUUACACGUGUUGAUGAAACAAAGACAGCUUUAGUACAUUUCUACCAUUUCCUGUAAUAAACAGUGCUUAUGAAUUUGAAUCUACUUUUAGAAGUGAAAAGCCUGCCUCAAUUUCUCCUUGGCUAAUGGAAAUUCUUGUGUGUCCUUGUCCUCUCUCUCAUAGGCCUGGGAUGUGGUCUCGUCUACGCAGCCACGUUGACUAUCACCUGUCAGUAUUUUGACAAGAGACGCGGCCUUGCCCUCGGCAUAGUCACCACAGGUACUGCUGCCCCCCCUCUCUAAGCCCUCCCUGAGCUCACUGGGUGCACACCAGUUCUUCAUGCUCACUUCUUUCAUGUAUGAGCUGCUGGGAUCCUUGGGAUGCUGAGGUAAACAUCUGUAGAGUAGAGGCAGAGUAGUUGCAUAGGUAGGAACAGGGACUGGUGACCAGGGCCUUGUUGAGAGUCAAAACUUGGGUGUGAGAACGUUUGACUGAAUCUCCUGGAGCUGUGUCGAAGUGUAUUUAUGUUCAGAUCAGGUGGCUAUCAAAUUUUAACACUUGAGCUUCAUCAUGACACAAAAUCCCAGGUUUUUGUUCUCUUCGUGAGUUAGUACAGGGUGACAUCACCGUUGUGACCACAUUCACAGUUUCUAGGUGUGGUCAGAGGAGAAAUAGACUUGGAACUUUAAACCAGCUACGGCAGUGAGAUGAUGUUAUCCUUGUAAUCGUUGAAGUCACUGUGGAGAUCUGAGAAAUGUGGGACUUGAUGCCCCCCAGUGGCAGCUUUAAAGAAGUGUCACCUCUAAACACAAAGACGAUUGGGCUAAAGGAUCAUGUAGAAAACAAAUAAAACCCAGCUCAUCAGGCCCUAAAAUUUCCAUGCUUUCCAAAUCCAGCUCACAAUAAACUUUUAUGGAUUGUUACUUUUAUAAACUUACACUGAAUUUCUGUUUUCUUCUGUUUACACAGGCACAAGCGUUGGAGCCUUCAUCUAUGCCACCGCUCAGAACGAGCUGAUAGUGUUGUAUGGCCUGGACGGCUGCCUGCUCAUCAUUGGGGCUGUAGCAUUAAACCUCAUGGGCUGUGCCGGCUUCAUGAGGCCUCUAAACAUGCCAGGGUACUACCUCAAACAGAAGGCCGCCCUGGAACGCAACACUGAGGAGCAGCUCUUUGAAAAACCCCCUUUGGACGACCUGAAAAUCUCAACAGGAACAACUUCAGAGAAAACCCUGAUGGUAAAAGAAAUGCUCAUCACCAUAGAUGCAAAGGACAUCCAGACAGAGAAGAAGAAAGGCAGCUUCAUGACUGGGGCGGCCAUCAUGAAAAUCAUCAAGAAGAAACAGCACGCUUACUCCAAGUAUAUGCGCUCAAUGCAUGAGAUCCUGCAGGACCAAGCCAUGGUGGCCUUCUGCAUCGCUGUCUUCCUGUUCAGCCUCGGGGCAUUCCCUCCUGUGCUCUUUAUAGAGGACGUGGCGCAGAGUCAGGGACUCAUCGAAGAAGUCAGUGUCAUUCCUCUGGUUUCAAUAGGCGCGAUCGCAACAUGCGUGGGUAAACUAGUAUUGGGUGUGCUGGUGGACAUCAGGUGGAUCAACGGCAUCUAUCUGUAUGCCUUCACCAUGUUUGCAGGAGGUGCAUCACUUCUCCUCAUCCCCAUCACUAAGACUUACCUGGGACUUCAGAUCCUGUCAGUCAGCCUGGGUUUCUUCUCUGGAAACUGGUCUCUCACUUCUUAUAUCACUACAAAGAUUGUCGGCUUGGACAGACUCACACAAGCCCAUGGGAUCCUCAUGUUCUUUGGGGGAUUUGGGAUCAUGCUUGGACCCCCUGUUGUAGGUAAGAGGACUCCUAUUUUUUCUGCUCUAAAAAUUAUGAACCAGAUAGAGGAGUUGUUGGAGAGUUGUGUUUUCAGAGAUGAUCAAAUGAAGUUAGACUGAUGGGCAGAGCAAGAAAGGGGGAUGCCAUCUUUAAUAAAGACCUGAUGUCAUUAUUCAGCUGACUGCUGUAUCUGUUAGAGAUUCCUGCUGACUAUAUGUCCAUGUCUGUUUUUCUCAUCCUCUUCCAGGUUGGUUCUUUGACUUCACACAGUCAUAUGACUUGGCUUUCUACUUCAGUGGGACUUGUGUAUUGAUCGGCGCCUGCAUUCUCACUCUGCUCACUCUUCCCUGCUGGAACAGGAAACACACAGAGAAUGACAGACCGGACGUCGAGUACACCAGCAACUGUGACAAAGUUGCCUCUGUAGCUUAAAUAAGUUCCUUGCAUGAGGACUCAAAUCUUACCCUUACUGCCCAGCAGCCGUCCGCUGAGAAACUAUACCUGAAUCACCUCUGAGAGGAAUUUCGUUUCUUUGACUGUAAGGGGGUUUCCCCUUUGUUCUGCUGCCAGGUCCUAAGAUACCAAAACACUUGCCAGAGGUUUCAAAAUACAGGCCUUUCCUCUGAAAUUAGUCUGUUUCUCAGGUUCAAACCACCCACUGCAGAUCUUUGUAGAGGUUUGAUCUGAUGCCUGUGUUGUUUUUUAUUAUGGCCUCAUUUUGAGGUCGAUUGAUCAAUCCUGUUUGACUCCCUUGUUCCAUAUUGGUUUUUUAGAAAUACUUUUUCACUUCACCAUAGCGCAGGAAAAAUACAUUGUGCAGUCAGUAGCACUGGGAGGAGAAAUCUGCUUAACUGUCGUGUGUUUGUUAAACACCACAACAAUGUUUUAAAUCAUUGUACAAUAGCACAAAUAUCUCCCAGUAACCUUACAGACCAUACAGGGAUGGGUAAAAGAAGGAUACUUUUUGAUAAAUGUAAUUUUAGUAAGACUUUUUCUUUUUUUCAAUUUUAAUUUUCAUAUGUAUCUUAAUUAAACCACUAUGUAUCUUACCAAAGCAUCAAUGAUAGACAAUGCCUGUCAACACACAUGCCUGUUGGAACAACACAAAAGCCUUGCUUUAUAGAUGAUUUUUGUUUUCAAGUGCAUUGACUCGGUUUAUACUUUUUAAGAAAUGGUUUGAGUUCCACAUACCUCCUUUUUAUGGAUUGCACAAGACUUUUUAAAUACAUUAUGCUGAGACAAAAACAUUUGAAACACUCAAGAGGUCCUAAUGUAUUUCCAACCUUAACAGCAUGUUAAGUCUCUAUGUGGCAUGAUAAUCAUGACCUCUGCUGGUGUUCAUUUUGACCAGGCUUAUCCUUUUUAUAUCAUAACGCGUGUCUGUGUGUAUUUGUGUGUAUGUUGUGUGUGUAGGUGUCUGCACACGCAUGUUUGCAUACGUGCACAGGUUUGUAUGUGUGCAUUGUUUGAUAAACUUUUGUAUUAGCACUAGUUAACGUCUCAUGUGCUAGUGACUUUUAUAUGCACAAAAUUGGCCAUAAAGCUGUAAUAAUUUGUCUUUAAGUUGAUUAUUAUUGUGAUCAUAAUUGUAAGGAAACAUCGCAAUAGGCUUUUAGAAUCACUUGAAUAUUGUUAGAUAGACCACUACAAAUGUACUUUUUAAAGUUCCAGUUUCAGGUGUGAGAAGGAACAUUGCUGGAACAUGGCUAUUCGUGUUUGUAGAGGCUAUUUACAAGGUGCAGAUGAAGUACAGAUAGUACUGACCUAGAGGUGCCAGUAUGUUCCGCUGUCACCUUUUAGACACUGUUAUUUUUUAUGCCAGUAUUAUGAUAUUUAAAUGUGUUGUCUGUUGUAUUAUUUUAUUUAAAAGUGCCAAUAAAAAGAUGUUUGGAUGGAUAAAAGCCUACCAAUA